AUCCAACCUCUGAAGUCCAACAGACGGUUGCAGAAAACUUCCCUCACAGGCUGAACGAUUGGCAAACUCACUGAAAAAGUUUGAAUAUUCUCACCUUACCCACAUUAUUUAUAGCAAAGCCCAUGCAUGCAUUUUCCUCACCUUCAUCCCCUACUGAUUCUUCUUCCAUACUCUACAACACCAGUACUGAAACCAUGUUGGGCUCAAUUCGAGCAGAUUUUGGCUCCAACAAUAAAGACGUCAUUCCCCAAGUAAUCAUCGGCGUUAUUUCUGUCACUUUACUCUCCCUCAUCUGGCUUCUCCCCAAGAAGUCCAAGAAGACUCAAACGGCGCCGUUGCCGCCGGGCCCCUACUGCCUGCCGUUGCUCGGCUACAUUCCGUUCCUCGACACCCACCUCUGCCGCUGUUUCACCAACCUCGCCGCCGCCCACGGCCCCAUCUUCAAGCUCUGGCUAGGGACCAAGAUGUGCGUGGUCGUGAACUCGCCGGAGAUGAUGAGAGAGGUGAUGCGAGACAAGGACCAGACGUUCGCCAACCGCGAUCCUACCAUCUCGCAGCGCAUCUUCUCCCACGACGGCAAUGACAUCGCCUUUGCGCCCUACGGCGCCGACUGGCGGCUACUGCGGAAGGUGUUCGUGAGGGAGCUCCUGAGCAACGCCAACCUCGACGACUCCUACGCGCUGCGGCGGCGGGAGGUGAGGAACGCCGCAAGGACAGUAUACGGGAAGGCGGGGGCGCCAGUUGAUAUUGGGGAGUUGGCGUUCCUGACGUCGUUCGACGCGGUGACGAGCAUGCUGUGGGGCGGAACCCUGGGCGCGGAGGAGGGGAAAAGUUUCGGGUCGGAGUUUCGGGAGGUGGUGAUGGGGAUCGUGGGGCUGGUGACUAAGCCGAACGUGUCGGACUUUUUUCCGGCACUGGCGAGGUUGGAUUUGCAGGGUAUAGAGAAGGAGAUGAGGAAGAUAAUGUCGCAUAUCGACAGGAUCUUCGAUUUUGCGCUGGACAGAAGGGUUAAAAUGGAUAUGGGGAAGCGAAGAGAGGGUAAUGGUGGAGAGGAUGGAGGGAAGGAUUUCUUGCAGUUCCUGGUAGAACUUAGAGAGCAGGAGCGUGCUACUGGUGAAUCCAUUACGCUCAUGCAAACCAAGGCCAUGCUCUGGGACAUCGUGGCAGCCGGGACCGACACAACAGCAACGACGGUAGAAUGGGCCAUGGCCGAAGUGAUGAACCACCCAGAGAUCCUACAGAAAGUGCACGAAGAACUUGCGAGCGUGGUGGGUCCCAACAACGCAGUCGAAGAGUCUCAUCUGUCCAAAUUAACAUACCUAAACGCCGUCGUUAAAGAGACUCUCCGGCUGCACCCGGCGUUCCCCUUCCUGAUCCCACACAGCCCCAGCGAGACCACCGUCGUGGGCGGCUACACCAUCCCCAAGGGCACUCGGGUCUUCAUCAACGUCUGGGCCGUCCAGAGGGAUCCGAAAAUUUGGCCUGACCCGUUGGAGUUCCGGCCCGAUAGGUUCUUGGGCAGUGACGCCGGCAGAAUGGACUACUUGGGCAAGAACUACCAUUAUCUGCCGUUUGGGUCGGGUUUGCGGAUAUGCGCCGGGCUUCCACUGGCAGAGAGGAUGACCAUGCACUUGGUGGCUUCGUUCUUGCACUUGUUCCAGUGGAGGUUGCCAGAGGAUGCAUUGAAGAUCGAUUUCGAAGAGAAGUUUGGGAUUGUGAUGAAGAAAGCAAUUCCUCUGGUCGCAAUUCCGACGCCCAAAUUCUCUAAUUCGGAGCUCUAUGAGUAGUAAUUGGAACGGCAAAAGAAGAAUAUUAUUAUUUACGUUGUGUGACUUUAGUUUUUCAUGUGCCGGCGUUGUGUGAUAAAAUUAAAUAACAAAGGCUUUUGCCUGUUAACCAUGAUUAUAAGCAUGUAAUCUCAAUAUAAUUGCUGCCAAUUGUAUGAAUGAGAAAGUAGUUGUGGGUGGUGUUUUCUCUCA